UCCAAGGGCAGAUGUGUACCACUCACAAGACACGCACAUCGUGGGUAAGAUAAGUACUAAUUCUGCCAUCUGUGGGAGAGUCAGCACUAUCCCAUAACUCUUCCCAGGGCGGCUCAUGGCAGAAUGAGCAUUACAACUUCCACUCUAUCUUUGGGCGCAUACUUGCCGACCGGAUGGGCGUACCAUGGCUGCUACACUGACUAUGAGAGAAGGAAGCUUGCCGGACCAUCGUUUGUAGCAACUGGAAAUAUGACCCAAGAAGCUUGCGUUCAUUUCUGCAAAGACAAUAGCUAUCCCUACGCAGGCAUCGAGUACGGACAGGAGUGCUAUUGCGGCCUUGUCAUUGGCGCUGGUUCUGAGGUCAAAGAUGAUUCCGAAUGCAACUUCAAAUGUCCAGGUGCCGCCGAUGAAGCAUGCGGCUCUAACUUUCGACUGAGUGUAUUCUACGCAGAAGUCCUCGAUUUCACACGCACAAAUCCCGGCCCAGAAUCCACCUCACGCAUCGGUUGCCUGGUUGACAAUGUGUAUGAUCGUGCUUUGCCUGUGUUCCAAAGUAGCGAGGAUGGUAUGACAGUGGCGCAAUGCACUUCGAGCUGCAAAACUGCUGGAUAUAGCAUCGCUGGGCUUGAAUACGGCAGAGAGUGCUUUUGUGGCAAUGCUUUAGACGAUAAUGCCAUCACGACCGACGAGGGUUGCGAUAUGCGCUGUGCCGGUAACUCAACGGAGUUCUGUGGCGGGUCAGCGAGACUUGAUGCCUAUGCAUUGGAAGUUGCUACAGCAAUCAACGCCACAAAUGCUAGCUCGAUCACUCCUGCCUGCAUCUCAACACCUCUUGCAAAUCCGUUCAUCCUGAAUGGAGGGUUCGAGGAGGGACUGACUGAAUGGACUGCCUCAGCCUACAAUCUGUCUUCGUCAGAUUUUGAAGUAGGACUCACCGACGAUGCAUUUCAGGGAUGUGCUGCUCUCAUGGUGACGCCGAAGCCAGAUAGCAGAUCAUUGUCUCACCAUUUUCAAGUAUCCACUACACUUGCCAAUCUGCAACCAUCAAACAACUACAUAAUCGAUCUGUCCAUUGGGCACCCCCACGUUGCGGAAGCACAGGAUCCGAUCUAUGACCCUAAAUAUACCGUUCGACUUGCGGACAGUCUGCUCGGCUAUGGGGCUAUUUGUGGGUUUGCCUACAGUCCCUGUCCUCUGACUGGUCUCAAUAACUCCACCUAUACAACAUUGAGCAUGCAGUUCCAGGCAGACGACCCUACUGAAACACUGACUGUAUAUCUAUCGUGGUAUAACGGCAACUUUGAUGUCCCACUUUAUCUGGACUCGGUCAUUGUCCGGCCUUCAGACAAUGAUAUGUCUAGUAAUGACAUCUCUGAGGACGUUAUUCCGAGAUCGAUCUGGCCAAGCAAUCCAGCAGAGAAUGAUUCUUUGAUGCCCGCUUCUGCUGUAGAGACAGGUGUACCCAACAUCCUAGGCCUGACUUGUCCAACGCCCGAGUCUUGCCCUGAUGGUCCACCUCCAACCGAUAUAACGCAGCAUGCACUGCGCAAUAGUGGCUUCGACGAAGACACGGAGGGCUGGGAUUUCUUCGCAACAGCAGGCGAUUUCGAGAUCACACGCACUAGACAGUCCCUUGAAGGUGAUUUUGCGCUUUCCAUCAAACCACAGUCCCCGGGCACAGAAGAAGAACGAUCAAUUAUCCUGCAAACCCGCAUGGCUAACCUCAACUCUUCGCACGAGUGGUACACUGUGUCUCUCGCGGUUGGCCACCCGGUUAAUGUUUCACUCGAUGACUCCGUCCCCUGGCUUACUCUGAAAUAUCGUAACGACGUGACUAGCGACAUCCAAAGGCGCGUAGGACUAUGUGGUACAGGAAAGCCUUCUUCCUACGGCUUAAGCCCUUGCGGUCUGUUUGGCAGAGAGGGCUCGCAGUAUCAGAAAUACGGUAUGGAUACCAGGUCUUUCCUUAGCACCGAUCAGGUCUUCACGAACGCAACGGAGAUGGACAUAGAGCUACAAAUUGUGUGGCCUGUAGGCGCGCCGAGUGUGCCUGUCUUUGUUGAUCAGAUGAGGGUAUGGGAGAUUGAGUGGGGUGUGAUCUCGCGUUGAUGGAAUGGAGCUUUGAUACAGGAGCUCUUUUGUUACUCUAAGUUCUCACGGUGAUGGAUUUACGACGAUUAAGAAGUAUAUGUGGAUUCUGAGACGAACGAAGAAGGCGACAGCUAACAAGUGUCUUUGUUUUAAUUCUUUGCCUUCACUAUCAUGUACUGUGGCUUGACACAUUUCCAUCGCGUUUAUCCUCCCUCAGAGAGCCUUGAGCACAAACUGCGCGUUGCCAUUCUCAGUAAGCAUGUACGUGAUGAUCUCCGUGCCAGACUCUUUGUAACCUCCGCGGACAUUGAGUUGCUUUCCGGUACCUACGUUGUUGAUGCUGUACUUUCAUGAGUACUGAAGCAAGUUAUUUCGCACAUGUACUCACUAAAAGGCUCCG